CUCAAGAAUAACGCAGUGGCUACAAUUCAUAGCGUGCGAAAUAACGGAGUCCGUUGAAAUCGGGAGUCAUAAGAAUUCCAUAUCGUGCUACAGUGUGCCAAUGUGAGGUAGUUAAGACUCAUCGACUCAGAAGUACAAAUCUUGUCCGGCGUUUGAGUUUUUGGGACAAGAUCGGGAGAGAAUCGCCAUUAGCUGCGUCAUCUGAGUCCUCUAGAACCUCAGAUUGAUGGCCAAUCGGCAUCACGUGGCAUCACUGAAUUGGCAACAUUGGGACAGAAAGUACAGAGGGAGUCUGAAAAGUUGAAUAUCGAUCUGGAGUCAAGUAACCAUCGACGUCUGAACCAUCUUUUUACUGAUCGUUUACUGAUCCAUUAUCGAGCAGGCUGAGCGAACUCUGAACUGAAGCGGAGACUCGGUGCUUUAGUAAAGCACCGAGUCCCACUCUCUCGAUCCAUAGUUCCAGGAGGUGGACAAAGAUCUCACUGACUACAAUCGCUCCGACUCCACGUGGGGGAACACUCCUCUCUGCAAAACCGGACUUCAACAGAUCACAACUCCAGCCAGCCAAAGAGUUGUGAUCUUUGGCUGGUACACAGCUUUGGCUCAUGGAAUUUAUUAGCUCCACCAUGUUCGUGAGGCAGUGGCCGCCGCAACUGGCCUUUGCAUGCUUGAGCUUGACUUCUGACAGAGGAGACGGGUCCGAAUCCGAUUCAUGCCUGGAGCAAGAACGAACGUGCCGAUCACCCCAAUCAUGACAGUGCGCGGGGAAGGACAGGAAGAAACCGUCUCCCCAUGCAAUCAUUCUGUGGGUUAACCGAACUUUACUCUCUCUUGAGAGUACAUAGUUGAUUAUGAGGUAGAUAAGAUUCAUACUCGGUCACCGGUCAACAGUCUAUGAUCGCUGUUCAUUGCAGAGUUUCGAGGCCCAAAUCGAAAAAAUCCACGAGCUUUGUGGUUCUGCAUAAGGACGUAUCUUUGUCAUCGGAUCAGAUGGUAAUCCGAGAACGCUGGCAUGGGCACUGAUCAAUCUUUGCUCGGGAUAUAAAUUUUCAUCUGGUCUCAUGUAACUGCAGAGUCUGAGUUGAGCUGCGCCGAGCUCACCAGGAGAAGGCAGAUUCAGACAUCACUGAGAUUUAGAGACUGGAAUAUAAGUGCUUGUGUAUGCGCAAUGACUUGGAUUGUUGCAGCGCCCCUUCUCUAUAUCGGUCCUGCGCCUUCUUUUACGUCGUAUCUGGACAAGAAGGUGAUUCUACUCCUUCGUGACGCGAAAGUCGUGGUCGGAGUGUUGACGGCCUUCGACGAAUUUGGCAACGUUGUCCUCCAGCACGUUUUCGAGAGAAUCAUAGUCAAUAGUCUCUACUGUGAUCGGCCUCUGGGACUUUUUGUGGGUCGAGGUGAGAAUGUUAUAUUCUGUGGAGAGCUGGGCCAAGAUGGUCCUGAAAUGCCUGCACACAUGGUUCUCGUCACGGAAGAUGAAAUCAGAAGUGCGCAGAGAGCGGAGAAAAUUUCGUCUCAUCUCAGAUGGACUAUGCGGAAGCGAAUGGAAUUUCUGGACUCAGAUGUAGGCUAAGCGAGUGCAGUCCAGUGAUCCCCCGGUGGCUUCAUCUGCUACUAGAGAAAACGGAAGAUCGUGGUACAAGCAAGGUUUCGAGCAUAGAUUCAGGAGCGUAUUUUCAUAUUUCGGCUAUUGAUUUUGAUCCUUCUAUAUAAACUAGAUCCAGCUCAAGAUCGAACUAUCAGAGUUUAGCAGUAAUUGCAUUUAAUCACUCAAUGAAACCACAAAUUUCAUGAGCAAGUUUUAUGCAAGCUUUUUAUGAAGAUGAUUAAAGU